AUUUGGUAAGGAUACUCCAGCGAUUGAGAGCCACUUAUCAGACGAGCGAGAUGACAAAAACUGAUCAUUUGACCGCGGAGAUUUGCUCGGUUCCUUUCCGACUCCACUCCAACCCGCUCUCGACAGUCAAGUACUUACACCAAUUACUGAAGAUGGCCAAAUAACGCCGAUUGUCUCCGCGUAUUCUUCCUCAAACAACUCGCGCAAUUUCGCAUCUUCUGUCGCCAAAAUUGAUGCUCUCUUGAAUUGUUCUACGCCGUAUCAAAAUCAAAUUUGAUUUGACUAAACACCAUCAAACAACUCGUGAAAUGUCAGAAUGUGUGCAGUCUAUCCGAUUUCUGUUUAUUAAUACGACUUCUUGAGAUUCAAAAGGAUUGACUGAUUACCUUUAACUGGUAAACCAACUUUGGACUUGUCCGACAUUGUAAUCUUCAUUUGAUUGGGAUUUUACCAGAUAUUUCGAGGAGACUUCCUGAAUGCAGCAUCACAUUAUUUGACACAAAAACUACAAUUUCUGAAAACCGCAGUCAUUGGGACGAUCUAAUCUUUGUCAACCGGUCCUUGUUUCUGUGCGGAUCUCUGAAAUUCGGUGUUAUGAAAAAAGAGGAGAUUUGCUUUACUAAUUUGCACUAAUUGAUCAGAGAUCGCAUUUAUGCGAUGGAUUUAUGAGAGGAGACAUUGAAUUAAAAAAAGUUUUUUUCUUCAAAAAGACGCACUGGUGGAUUUCACGGAAACAUUUACCGAGCUAGGUGCACUUUUAAACAGAAGAGGAAUGUCAACGCAAUCAGCACUAUCAAAGUGAAAUUUCUGAGCCUAGAAAAAAAACAGACAGUAGGUGAAGAACUUUGCCAACAAUACAUUUCCCCAUUUUGUUUUGUAUGAAAAUUGUAUUCUCUCCAGAGUCAACGGACAGAGUUGAAUUUUGAGUUACUUUUGAGUAAAAAGUAAGUUUGACAAUCUUACGAGCUGUUUCAUGUACAUUUCAUUUGAAGUCAUCAGUGAUCGUACGUUAAUAGGGACAAUAGUGUAGAAAAAAAACCACCUCAUUGUUGAAAUGGAGAAUCAGCGCAUCAUCGACAUCGGGAUGAUAGGACAGCCUUUCAAGCCUAUGAAGCAGGUCAUUGAUCAGGAAACAUUGAGCGUCGACUACCCUCGACAGCGAGCUCUUCAAUGCCUGAGGAUGAUGAGCGAUUGCGGUACUGCAGAGAUCUUCAACAAAGCGAUGUCGACGACCAUGAAAAUGCAGGACCCAGAGUGGGAUUGCGACGAUGAUAGCGACGUCGAUAGCACGGUAACGCGUUCUAAAGAGCGGUCAGAUCGAGGAUCGAGUUCGACGGCGACGAGCACGAAAUUUCACGGACACCGAGAUGGAGUGAAGACAGGGAAGAAGGGCAUGAAGCCGCAUUUGACGAAGAAAGGCGACCCGCGAGUUCAGAAGCAGAUUCGUCUGAAUAUCAAUGCUCGAGAGCGACGACGGAUGCACGAUCUAAACGACGCCCUGGACGAUCUCCGUGGCGUUAUCCCGUACGCUCACAGCCCGUCGGUUCGCAAGCUGUCAAAGAUUGCGACGCUUCUCCUUGCCAAGAAUUACAUCCUGAUGCAGGCUAAUGCACUGGAGGAGAUGAGGCGGAUUUUCACUUUCAUGAACCAGCCGCAGCUCUGCUUACCACCGACCCUGCCCUCGACCACCUACCCGAUGUCGCCCGCAUACCACGCUCCCGACAUUGCCGUUCGGAACAACAGCAGCGCCGGGCACCCUCUCACAAGUAAGAUCCUCGAAAGCUCCUCGGCUGCCAUUAAUCUCCCAAUUUCUUGUCGCCGAAACGGUAUGCAAUCCAUGAUGUCAUCAUCAUCGUCAUCGUCAUCAUCAUCAUUGUCGUGUCAUCGUUGUAUCGAUAGACCUUCUACUAAUAGAAAUCAUGAAGCAAGUGAACAUUCUUUUAUCUAACUUAUGUAUGUCGCAUCAGUCGCCUG